AAGACCGAGUUAAGCAUUGAGUUACAACAGUUUAUAAGGAUACGUCAUUAUAAGAUCUUGUUGAAGUUUAUAUUUAUCGUGUUACUAUUUGUUAAUAAUAAAUACUAUUAUACUUAAUAAGAAAGCAGCGAAGAGGAAGCGACAUGCCCAUCGGCAGUCUGACGAGCACUUACCGUUCAUUGACCGGUUCGAAUGCCGUUUACCGGUCCACCACGGUCGUGCCGUCCGGCUCCGGAACGCAACCGCCGGUUCAGUCCGGCACGGUGGCCGGCGGUCUGCUAUAUGGGUUCAGGAGAGCUCUUAAUUUCGUUUCGGGAACUGCCGAAUCGAAUGGAAACAGCGAGGUACUACUCAGAGAUAGCGAAAAAACGAAAUUAACAAGGACUGAUAGUGCUAACACAAACACAAACAGAAAAAUGCCCUCUUCCGGAUUAGCUGAAGAGGCAGCCCUUUUGGGUACUAUGCCUUCCGAUAGCAUGGACGAUAUCGAAUUGAAAAAUAUUCAAUUGCAAUUUCCUACAGCGAGAUCAUUAUCCAGAGACGAUUCUUCCGUAAUGGAAGAAAUCGUGGAAACCGAUCGUGGAAAUGUUGUUGUUGCGGUGCAAGGUUCUAGGACCAAACCAGCCAUUUUGACUUACCACGAUCUGGGAUUAAACUAUGUUUCAAAUUUCCAAGCUUUUUUCAAUUACAUCGAUAUGAGGGCGUUGCUGGAAAAUUUCUGCGUCUACCACAUCAAUGCUCCCGGGCAAGAAGAAGGUGCCCGUACACUUCCCGAAGAUUACAUUUACCCUUCAAUGGACGAAUUAGCGAACCAAAUUUGUUACGUAAUGACCCAUUUCGGUUUGAAACAAUUCAUAGGCUUCGGCGUCGGUGCUGGCGCUAACAUCUUGUGCAGAUACGCCCUAAAUCACCCCGAACACGUUUCGGCUUUGUGUUUGGUAAAUUGCGUGAGCACUCAAGCGGGUUGGAUAGAAUGGGGUUACCAAAAACUCAAUACUAGACAUUUACGUUCGAAAGGGAUGACGCAAGGUGUGUUGGAUUAUCUGAUGUGGCAUCAUUUCGGCAGGCAAACAGAAGAGAGGAAUCACGAUUUAGUUCAAGUUUAUAAAAGUUAUUUCGAAAGGAACGUGAAUCCAACGAAUUUAGCUCUCUUCAUUGACAGCUACGUCAGGAGGACGGAUUUAAAUAUAUACAGAGAAAUGGAUCCUUUGAAAAAGAAGAAUGCGAGUCUAGCGAUGCCUGUUAUGAAUAUUACGGGAUCUAUGAGUCCUCAUAUGGAAGAUACGGUCACGUUUAACGGCAGACUCGAUCCUACCAAUUCCUCUUGGAUGAAGAUCUCCGACUGCGGGAUGAUUUUAGAAGAACAACCAGCGAAAGUUAGUGAGGCGUUUAGAUUAUUUCUACAGGGCGAAGGAUACGUUGCUCCUCUAUCUCCAACCAAAAUGGCAAUGUACCGUAAAGCUUCGUUAGAAGAAUUGCUCAAAUCGAAAAUGUCCCCCACGGGGCAUUGGCCGUCUAAUAUUAUCCACAUUACCGAAAACCCCAUAUCGGCAGUCGUCUGCUAAACUAUAUAUAAAUAAACAUUUAACUGUAUUGAAAUUUAUACGACUGCCACCAUGCCUGAAAAGUUCUAAAACCGAAACAAAAAUUAUUUAACUAAAAUUGCCCCUCUUUUCCCCACCGCUUCAUAUAAAAAUUAUAUUACGAAAUAAUGGACCCUAGAUACGGACCUGUUUAUCUAGUAAUCUAUGUUUAUAAAACAUUUCCGUUAUCCCUCGUAAUCUAGAUCAAAUUAUUCUUAUAGAAAUUGUUCAAUUUGGUUGUUGAUGGGGAGUCGAGAUUUCAAAAACAAGCAAUCGAUAUGGUGUCAUUUUUUUUGUAUUUUUUCGGAAUUGCGAUGAAUUUCAGUACAGAAAUUUGAAUUUAUAUUGAAAAAAAAAAGUAGACCACUGCCGCUCUUACUCUAAACAAGCACAUAUCUUUAGUUUACAAAUUAUACAAUAUCUUAUACUCUACCGAAUGUUAACAAAAACCAUAAACUCAUACAUACAUUAUAAUUAACUGUCAAUAACAAAAUGGUUGAAGAUCUUCAUUCGAUUCUCUUAAUGUUUAACUAUCGUUAGGUACAUUCGAUGAAAUUAUGGUGCAGUGUUGCCAAAAUUAUCAGAUUUUCUUUGAAAUUCUGUUUAAAUAUUUCUUCCGAGAAAAAGUGUGUUUUUUCUAAAUUAUAAACGUGAUAACAACGAUUAUAACAAUACAAUAACAUUUUUUACAAAGAUAUUCAAUGAAAUUCCCAUGAGGAUUGAGCGGGUCUGAGGCUGAAGGAUAAAGUUUCGUUUGGAAAUUUCACUAUUUUAUAAAUCUAGAUGGCGCUAUAAACUAUUUUCGGGAAAAUACCCAAUAUUAACAAGUUUUUGGUAAUUUGAUCUAAUUAAUUUACGUUAACAUUGUGAAAUUAUGUUAUCUGAUAAUUAUAAUUCAUCUGGCAACGCUGUUUUGCCGAUUUCUAAUGAUUAAUCUUCAAGCGCUAUCUAUCGGAAGAUAUCGCUUAACUACUCGAAGUGUUCUGUAUAGUUAACUGUAGAUUCCUUCUAUUUGCAGUUACUAGUAGUAUACUUUAAACAGAGAGGUCGCUUAUGUUUGAAGUUACAGUGGAUUGUUAGAGACAGUGGGGUCACACGAGAAUGGCCAUCAUACUCGACUUUAGUUCUUUUCAUAAUAACGUUUAUAAAAUCGUAAUUAAUACUCACAAGAUGUUUAAUAAAAAAUUUUUCGAUGGUUUAAUAAUAUGAAUAUAAAUUACGAUUUUAUGUGCCUUAUAAUGAGAAGAACAAAUUUUAGUCAGUGUUAAAUAUACUCAGUUUAGGUUAAAUAUGGCGGCCAUUCCUACGUCAAAAAUAAUACAGUAGAAAAAAUGUGUUUAUAAAUAAUAACGGUAUAUACAUGAGGGAAGAAAUUAUAUAACACGAUUUCUAAAAAAAAAGAUAAAUAAUAAAAUGGAUACAAUUUCAAAUUUUAUCCAUUUGAAUGUAGUGGUACAUCGAUAUCAAGGUUAUUUCAUAUGAAAUUAGAACUAAAAUAGGUUAAAAUAAGGUACUUGCGUGGUUUGAGAAAAAAAAUAGUUUAUAUACAACUUGUAUUAUAAUUUUCUUAAUUCUUUGAUCAAUAUUUAUAGAGAAGAAAAUUAUCGAAAAUUUAAAAAUUUUGUAGGUAGUUUAAACAUUUUAGUAAGACCGCUAUAUUGUGUGACGCCAUCAUUAAUCUGAAAAAUGAUAUAUAAAUUGUGAUUUUUGUAUCGAGAUGGAAAAAUAUCACAACUAAAACACCUGAUAUAGUCUUUUAUGAUGCUGAAAACUUCGUGAUCAUCAAGCCGACAACUUUUUAUUAAACCUACGACGUCACAAUUGAAAAACAAUGAAAAUCGUUCUCUUAUGUAGUAAGAAUUUGGAAUUUUCACGAUUUUCAAUGAAAAUUUUACUUUCUGACUUUAUUUCAUAUCAAUAACUUGAUAUGAAAAUUAUUUUUAAGAAAUGCAAGUACCCUAUUGAGUAUAAGGUACACGUAAAUCAAAAAUUGUGACAAAUAAAUUAUUUUUCGACUGUUGAAUUUAUGGCUUUUGCAUUAAACUAUAAUUAAUAUCGCAAGAAAGUCGAAAAUAAAAAAAAUCACAAUCAUGAAUAAUUGUCGAAAAGCCUAGAAAUGCUAUUGACAUUAAUUACAUAGGUCUGCUUGAAUAGAAUAUUUUUUAUUCUCAUAAGUCCUAGGGCAAGCUUUGGUUGUACAGAUAAUAAGGGAAAAACCAUUUAAAUUGUUAAAAUAAACAUUUUACUUUGAUUUAAAAAAAAUCGUACCUAGAAACAACAAAUAAUUAGAAAGAAACUAAAAAAAACUAUUUUUAGGUUAGGUUAGGUUAGGUUUUCUUAACUUUUAUCCACGAUAUCACUCGCAUUGAGCAUGAAUUAAUGGGAUUGAAAACAAAUACAUAUUUUGCUUAAAAAUCGCUUCGACACAUCUGAAACAACAAACAACGAACUCGUAUUUGAAAAGAAGUUUCAGCUGCUUUCAAAACAUUUUAUCGUUUUGCUGUUGUUUUCUCAGAUUUUCGAUUUACUCCGAUUUUUGCAACUCGAACCCGCGACGAAUCUUUCCGCCUCCGAGGCAUUUUUAAAACAAAAUAAGAAUUAAAAUGAGUAAGAUCUGAAAUAAUGAAUAACGUCUAACCUCAAAAAUUCUAAUAGUAAUCACGCUUUGUUUCAAUACUUUAAUCCAGAGAUAUGGAACUAAAUCUUAUACAAAGAUCAAAAUGGAGGUUCCACUGCUUGUAUCAAAUGUCAAAGGUCAUUUUUGCGUGAUUAUUUUUAUGAAUUUAUAGGUUAGUUUUUGAAAGAUAUAAAAGUACAUUCUUCUUAUCUAAAUCGCAAAAUUGUUGUUUCCAGGUAGUAUCAAAUGUUAAUUUUACCUGCCAAUGGAGACGUGCGUCAAUUUUAAUCAAAAUUUACGUUGUACUUUUAUUCGUUUCAAGUUCAAUGCACCAGAUUCGUGGAUUUUCGUUUUUUUUUAUAUAAUUUUCAUAUUUCGAAUAAACUCUUAAGUUUGCACCCGCGCUGACGCUCUCGUUGGCGUUACGUUCGACUUCCCGUUGGUUAGGCAUUGGAACGCGUUUGUGUUUAUGAAUCACUUUUCGUAAUCAGUUUAAAGGACAAUUUAUAAACUAGUACGCUCGCGUCCGCGUUCAACAUAAACUAAACAGAUUACGAAGUGUGAUUUAUAAACACUAACGCUCGUGAUCCAACUUAGGCUCGAACGUAACACUAGCGCGAGCGCGAACGUUUAUAAAUUGACCUUAAGAAUAGUUUCGUUCGCGGUAGAUAAUUUGAACACAUUCCAAUGUAUCCUGAAUAUCUUCUGGACGUAUACUGAUCAUACAUUUCUUCAAGAACAAUCUAAGAUCGAUUAGAGGUUAUUUCGUGGAUGAAUACACAUGCGCAAUAUUAAACAUCCUUAUCUAUGUACGAGGAUACAUUGGACGGAUUCCAAAUACGUUCGGAAUUAGAAAUUUGUAAUCUACAAACACACUGAACAUUUUUUAUUAGCACCGAGAACGCAUAAUUUCAAACUACCAAUGAAUCUGGUGACAAAACAUUUUCGGGGUAUUUACCGCGAACAAAGCUAUUAGGUUUGCUCCAACCUGCAAGUUCGGAUUGUUCUUGGAACGUUUAAAAUGAUAUUUUCUGUUUUCUCUAUUGCGCAAAAUCGUCACCGUAUCAAGGACGGUUUUUUGAUGGGUUGGAACGAACAUAGUUGCCAAACUUAUGUAUUUCUAGCCCUCAACCCCAACAAACAAUGUAAAUUUUUAUUAUAUUUUUCGCAUAUAUCAACGAAAUUGGUACAGAAAUGAGAGAAUCUGUAUGUGAAAUAUUCUGGAUGACGCGCGUCAUAUUUAUUUUGAUAACAAUAAAAAAAUAUUUUCGCUUUUUUACUAUUUAUUGUAUUAUUCAAAUAGUUUAUUGAAAAUGUGAUGAAGAAAAUGCAUAUUGUGCCUCACUGAGUUAAUUUUAACCGAAAGCACUUUAAUUUUAAUAAAAUUUGUUCAAUAAA